AUGUCUAGUUCUACUAUGGCUACUUUAUUUACCAUUAUUAAAGAUGUCGCCAUAGCUCGUUAUCGUGAUAUCGCUGAACAACGCAUGAAAACAUACCGGCUUAGAGUCUCUCCUGAAAAAAAGCUCUAUAUCGGUGCAAUCUACUCUUUAGUGCUAGUAGUCGGUAUCGCUCUCGCUCUUUCUUUCUACCCUCGUCUAGUCAAGAUCCAGAUUGAUUACGGCCGUUGCAUUGGCAAUCAUUGUUCCUACGAAUUCAAGCUUUAUCGUCCCACUCAAUCUAAUGUCUAUAUCUAUACCCAAGUCAAAAACAUGCCUCAAACUCACUUGGCCUAUCGCGCCAACUACAACCUAGAUAAUCCCAAUACUCCCAAUGUUGAGCCUUAUCUUGAAAACGGUCAAUGGAUCUAUCCCGCCGGACUAGUCAGAGGCACUUACCCACGAGAUAAGUACACUCUUUACGACAACCACCAAAACUCCUACCCUAUUCCCACCAAUCUUACUCAUACUCUUUCCGACCAAGAAAACACCAGCUUCCUUGAAUGGAAGAAUCCCUCUUCUUUCCGUAGUGCCCUUACCAAAGUAGCCGAAAUAGAACCUCUUCCAGCCGGAACAUAUACUCUUGUAGUUGAAAAGACAAGCAACCAUCCUGAACCAUCUCGAGCCUUCAUUCUCAUUACUAACAUCGGUCCUCUCGGUGCCGUCUUUGCCCAUAUCGGCUACUCCAUCAUGGCUGCCGCCGCCAUGUUCGCCCUCAUCAAUACCUAUGCCUGCACCAAGUACCUCUAG